AUCUGGGUCAGAACGUGUUUCAGUACUAAGCCGUGCUAGCAAAACGUGCUCCAUGUCGACAACUAAAAUUAUAAACAGUGCAAAGUGAAUUAAAUUUUAUAUGUAUUGAUAUACAGUUGAAUUUAUAUUGAGUGGCUUUGAGGUGAUUAGUUUGAUCCUGUCAUCGAAAACUCGGUUUCUGCUGAUAAAGGGCAAGCCAUGCUCUUAUCACUAUCAUACCACGAAACAUCAUCGCGGACUCGACAUCUCAACUCCAUCUGACAUCUGCUGAUAACAAGACGUAUAUCUUGGAAUUUUAUCGAGGAGGGCUUAGUUCUGUGUGGCUGAACGAAAAGUCCACUGCCAGUUCUCAAGAAAAGAAAACAUUUAUUCAAAAAUCGAAGGUGCUUGACCACCGGUUUUAAAAGUUAGUGUUUGUUGUGUGUUUAUUAACUAUUUAAAAUGGCGACAACGGGCAGUGAAAUGUUGCUCCAGUGGUUUGUGUGUUGCUACCAGCCCGGAGCUCAGGCGAGGCGCACGCGACGGAGGAUAGAUAGGUCGAUGAUUAGCGCACCAACGAAUUUCCAACACACUGGACACAUCGGUUCAACCGACGUGGAUAUGCCCUCGUCCCUUCUACAUUCUAUACAGAACCAGAUGCAAAGCAAAGGUGGCUAUGAGAUGCCGUAUGGAGUAAAGGUGUAUUGAAGGAAUGCCGGGAGUGCCUCAACGUUCGUGAAAGUCAGAUCUUAAACGAUAUUUAUUUUAUCAUAAUUAUGUAUAAUGUAAGUCGUAAGAUAGUUUGUAAAGUUUUGUACAUACAGAGUCAUCCGGUAUAUUGUUAGUUACCAUCGAAUGGCGUUUACGCGGCAUUGGUUAUUGCUGACAAGUCAAGUAGUCUAAAAUAAUAAGGGCUGCACACCAAGCAGCAAGCAGAAAACAUUACAGAAAUUUAAAAUCUCCAAAUUGGUCGCAACCAUGAUUUUUAAAAUAUAGUAUCCUUUUUCCUUCUUCUUCCUAAUAAUUGCCUCCUCAAAAUGACAUAUCAACGAUUUCGCUAUAGUUAUCCGUUUUUCGCCGCAAACUACCCCAGUUCCAAUUGCUGAGGUGAAAAUAUUGUACAGAGUUUGCUUACCCUUUUUGCUUGCUGCUGUAUGUGCGACCUACCUUAAGGUUUUAAUAUGUAUCUAGUAUCAUCCGGUUUUUGGCGACGAAGAUCGAUAGUCAAGAUGAACCCGUCUUUCGCGACGCCUGGUCUCCACCUGCUUCAUUCAUAUGUUUCUUUAAUGUAAUAGAGGUAUUAUCUAUUGUAAAUGUUAGCCUUACUAUUGUAAUAAAAGCGAUAACUAUGUAGCUUGUUCUCUUCCUCUUAAUAACCUUGAUUGUGAUGAAAUCCUAGCGUGGGUUAUGGAUGGUCAUAUUAGGUCUGAUGUAAUGAGGAUUUUAUCACGAAAGAACCAUGGUGAAAUAUAUUGCAUACAUGCAUUUUAUUAUAUUGUUUUAAAAAUCAGUCUUGACUGCAAAUAUAAAAGUAUGUUACUGGAAAUACAAUUGAGUAAAUACGAGUAGUUAACGUUGGAUCCAAAAAACAUGGAAUCCCCUAGAUGAGACAAUGAUUUUGCUUGUAGAUGGCAAUAAUACGUGACAAAAUGUGCUAGCUUUUGAUGCGAUUUUUUGUUAAAUCUUAUGGUGGCUAUUUAAAUUUUAGUAAAGGGAAAAUUUUACCAACUGAAUGCAAUUUGAUAAAUACCUACAUUUAUCACACAAGAUUAUUACUACGUCCAUUAAGUACAUUAAUUUACUUUUGAAGACCAUUAUAUAUUUUUUUAUUUAUUCAGGGGUGCUCAAACGGUCGAUCGCUUUUUGAGUCGAUCUCGAGAAAGAAAUCUGAUAUAGAACUAUUCACAUACUUUGUUUUAGGUAACUAAAAUCGGUAAUUAUGUACCAUCUUAUGAAAAGUACAUGCAGAUUCAAAAUCCAAAGUCACUCUUUAGUUAAGUUUAGAACUUUAGACACUUGAACGCGUUUGUUUCGUAAGAACCAAUAAACUCGCAAUUUUCAACAAUUAUGAGUUUUUUCAUUGACAUUUUACAACAGACCUACAUUUAGCUUGACUAAAAAAAUGCAAAUUAUUGUGUGCAAAACUAAUGUCUAUGUCAUCGUAACAAUCUACCUAGACGACAAUCCGUCAACACACAUACUUGAAGCCUCUCAGAGUCGAUCGAUCGAAGUCUAACAAUUUUGAGGUAGAUCCCCAGCAGUUCAAGCUUGAGCACACCCUGAUUUAUAUGUUUGUAUCUCGAAUUGCAGACCUGCCAACUACCAUCUUUGUCAAGAUACAUUUUUUUGCUGAUAAGCCGAAAUAAUGUGCCUCGAAUGUAUUCAAUUGAAUGAAUUAAUUAAUAAGCAGUUCCUCACAGGGAACUGUAAUUCUACCACACCAAAUUAAGUAGAUAUUUAAGAGCAUAUUAGAUUUUAAACAAUAUAUAUAAACAAUUGAAUUUUUAUGAUAACGUUUUAAUGUCUGAGUCCAAACUUACUUUUACCUAAGAAUGAAAUGUAAUAAACAUGUAAAAGUGAAGAUACGAUAUUUUUAUUUUAAAACUUCCUUGAAAAGUAAAAUUUUUAGGUUUUCUGUAUAUACUUAUUCUUUCUCUAAAUUUGAGUAUUAUUGAAUACUCAAUGUUGAAGCUUGAGAUAUUAAAAUUUGGAAUGUACUUAAAAUUCGCUUUGCAAUCAUCACUUCUGAUCAUAUUCUGAAAGAGUGGGAUAGAAUACCGGUUAUUAAUGCGAGACAAGGCUAUUAGACAAAGAAAGGGAUACAAAUAUAGUGCCAAUAUUUUUAGUCUGUUACAAAUCUAUAUUUUUUUGCGUAAUUUAACAUGCUGAUGGUUUGAAUAUGCAAAGCGGACGUAAUGACUAAAGCGUGCAAGCGAGAAGUGAAUACAGGCAAAUCACUGACCUCUAUAAAUACCACUGGACAGGCUGUACCAUGUUUGACAGCAAAUUUUUUGCCUAUUUGAAGCGCCACUCGUGAGUGUCCAGAGAACUAAUUUUGACGUAUAUGGCUGGAACGUACAAUACUCUGAAGUAUUCUUGCAUUUUGAAUUAAUUUCGUUCAUUUUGUUCCUUAUACUUCAAAAAUCAACGUAUUACGUACACAUUUUUUUUUGUAAAUACUUUCCAACCAUCUAUCCAUGUUUGCUGAGGCCAAUAGCGCCAAAAUGGCGAAUAUCAAACAGCCACAAAAGCACUUUGACAGUGGUCAGUUCGGCAAAUACACAGUCCCAUUCAUUAUCUUAUCGCUAAGUUUCAUAUACACUGUUUGGUAGAAAAUAAGUCUUAUUUAUAAAAAUAUAGAAAUAUCAAUGUCUUCAUGCCCGAAUAACUUUGAGCAUACGAAUGACUGAAGUUGUUUAAAUCUCAAACUAAUGAAGUUUGAAGCGGUGAACAGAGUAAAAAAUACAGAGAAAAAAAAAGAAAUACACAAUAUUUUUAUAUAAAUCAGUAUUUGAAUAAUAUGACUAUUUUAAUUUAUUAAUACGGCUUUACUCACGUUUUAUCUGUGUGUCUUUUAGAAUUCUAUUUCAUUAUCUUAUUGAAAACUUGCCAAAUCUGGAGUCAGUAUGUAGUUAAACAUUCUGUAUCUUGCGAACUAACGGGAUUUGGACAAGGUGAAACAGGAAUAUUUUUAGUUGUGUCAGGCAUUGGAUUUGUUGCUGUUUCUAUUCCCUGUAUGAUUUCAGUGGUACUUAUGUUCAGUUGAGGUGUAGAAUCUAACAAUUCUGGAUUUUCCAGGUCAAGUGUCAAAUUGGAGAUGUUCUUCGAAGUCAUGGGACAAUCUGUUUCUGGAUUAGGGCGAUCAGUGACAUAAGAAGGUGCAAAGUCACUGUCUCGAAAAAUGUUAGGAUUGAAGGGCCAUAUCCCUGUUGGUCUGCAUCCUCUCAUGAUAUUUGCAGGAUUUAGGGCUAAAGGCAGUGAAUCUUUCACCACGGCAGGAAUAUCAUGAAUCAUCGUGGUUUUUCCUGGAUGAUUAUACAUUCAGGCUAUCUGUGUUCAAUUAAGGUGGUUUUUAAAAGGACCAUAAACUCCCACAUCUAAUGGUUGUAAAUUGUGAGAGCAGUGCGGUGGACAUGACAGUAUGAUUAUGUUGUUAAUUUUGGCUUUCUCAACGAUAUUAAAAUUUACAUGCGAGCUGUUAUCCAAAAGGAGCAGAACGGGCUGUUCAGCAGAAGGUUUGACAUUUGAAUGAAAUGAUCCAAAAUUUCAAAAAUUCUACUUCUGUCAUCCAUCCUUCGGGAUGGAUGACAGGAGUAGAAAUUCUUCGGAAUUUCCCGCUGCAAUCGCAUCUACAAGAAGAAAAAGAUCCGUGUCUCUCAUUCUGGGAAACACGAACAUUGGCGGAACUGAAUUCCCAGCAGCAUUUAUGGCACAUGAAAGAGUAAUAAGUGUCCCUCUUUCGGCAGAUGUGAUCGCACCGACCUGUUUUUGACUCCGGGCAGCAACUAUUUUUUUAGGCUUCUGUACCGUCGUGACACCUGUUUCGUCAACGUUCCAUAUUCUUGAAGCAGUGAAUUCAUAUUUUUGGAACAAGCCUUGCUGUUUGUCAAAAAAAUCUUUAUCGUUGGUUUUGUUGAACGAUGUUGCUCAACUCAAAGAUGAUAUCAGUAGCUUCUGGUGUUCGUAGAGAUAGUUGAGGAUUUCUAUCCAUAAAACAUUUAAACCAGUCCAGCCCAGCCGUAUUAUUUUUAUGCCAGCUGGGGGGAAUAUUUUUUAGUCGAGCACAUUGAUAAGCUAGUUUGCGUACUUCUGUUUUCUGAACUUUUGAGUAGAUAAAAAGCAAAUUUAUGUUCUGUUUCUUCUGAGAAUACCAAUGUAGGUUUGUCGUAAGCUUGCUUUACGAAUGCUCGUUUUAUUCUGCAGUACUUCUGCUGCAGCAGAUUCAUAAACUUCUUUACUAGUUGUACCUCUUUCUGUUUUUCUUUUAUAGUUUCUCAUAACAAAGAAUAUGUAGAAUUUUUAAAAUAAGGAAACGAACGGUACAAUACCAGAUAUGGUAAUAUUUUUGUUACAUGUAACAACUGACCCCAAACAAUUGUAACUACUUGCCCCAUCGCACGUUUUUAAAUAUAAAUUGAAGUCAUUAUUAAAUGACUUCAAUUUAUUCUACUUAAUAAAUUUUAAUUAAUUUAUUAUUCUACUAUCGAUAUCAUUAAUAUAGAUAUCGAUAGUAGAAUAAAACAAUAUUGUAAAUUAAAGGAAGAUAGAUAUAUUAUGAAGGUUCAAGGUUAAAAAUUUUGACUAAAUAAAAAAUAUAGUCAACAGGAAUCAAAAAUAUCGUAAAGGAUUUUUUUACUUACUUGGUUGAAAUCGGGACACACGCAUACAACCUAGCAGCUCAGCGCUUGGCGGGUCACUGAUUGUAUUUAUCUAAUGCACGAUGUUAUAAGAAAACGAAUGAGUACAAUUAUGUCCAUCAAAGAGUUUAAAAUCCCUGUAAAAAACGCGUGUAACUUCUUACCCCUGUAACAACGUGCCCCCCGCUCCCCUAAAGCCGUAUUAAUAAAUAAGAUAAUAAUGUCUCACAAAAGUUUUAAAUAUGACUAUUGCUUUUAAAUUCAAAACUUUUCCGGCAUGUUGGGCACUUAUGAGAUAUGGAUUCAUAAACGCCAAAGAGAUUAAAGUAUAGCAUGAAGUGUGCACAGCACAAACAACACGAAAUAUUUUUAGUAUGAAAAAUUUAUGUAGGUACUUGUAUGGUACACAAUAUAUAUGCCAUCACGUAUUCGAUAAAAAAUUUGGAAGUUGAAUAAUAAUAAUUGUUUGUUAUUCUAUUUUUAGUUACCUAUCUACCAUAUGCGGGCAUUUUUGUAAUUUUAUGGAUGAAAAUUGAAUCCAGUUUAUAGAAUUUUGCAAAAUUGAUCUUGUUAUUAUAAUUGUAAGUGCAUGUAAUUUUAGAUUGUAUUCAUUCUUAAAAUCUAUGAUUGACGACUCAAUAACUCUGUAUAUUUCUUUACUCAGUAUUUCUAACGUCAUAAGUAUUAUAAGUUAAUCAUUUUCCAGUAAAAAUGAUAAAUUUAUACAAGUUUCGUACAAUAGACAUAGAAUAUACUGAAUUUCAUAA